UGUUCGGAACAUUCAAGACACAUUCGAACUCUGAAAUCCCGCCGGGACGUUCGCGGCUCCGUGUCGAGUGCUUGUUGUCAACUCGGUGUCUCCUAUCGUACUCGAAUAUAAAUCAUUUUUCAUCCCUAUUUCCAAAAAUGACGGAGGAAUCUGGAGAACGUGCCACGGGCAUGAUAAAAAAACUUUUCUUCAAGAAGCCCGAACCUUUCGGAUUUUUGAAACUGCUAACACCGAUGACGAUGCGAGGUGAAGAAGCCGUAUUUUAUCUAAAAGACAUGGACUUGAAACCGUUCGAGAAGAAACUUCUCCAUCCCGGCAUGCAGAUGAGAUUCUCCAUCCGGGAAAAAUCCGACGACUUCAUGCAGAGUUUCGUGCCAUUCAGAGCUGAGAGAUUGGAGCCAGUCGAUCCAGCGGAGUACACGGCAUCCGUUAUUCGCAGCGCCGAUCCUCAACCAGGUGGACAAGGAUGCCUCGUGUGUCUCGAUAUCACGCUCAUGCGUGUUUCGAUUUCGCCCGACUCUCUGGAUAGUCUUCAUCUACAGACGCCUCUGAUGCCGGGAGAUAACUGUAUUGUUCGAAUCACUUGGAGGGAGCAAUUGGAUGCUGCCCUGCAAGGCAAAAUACCUGUAGGAGAAAUAGUGAGCUUGACGAAACCGCAACUCCCGGCGGUCCCUAGACAGAGGAGUGCGAGCGUAGGUGAGGAGGUAUUGGCAAAGACCUCCGUCAGAGCAUCACCCGAAAUGCCAUCGGAUGACCGGGAGGAGCUCUCGCAGAGUUCAGACAGCGCCACGUCAGAAGAAGAGACGAACAAUAUUCACCCCGGAAUCGCUACGAUGACCAAAAGGAGUAAAAGUAUGGAGUCUAUUCCCCUACGCAACCCGUGUCAGAGCGCGAGAGAGCGUCUUUGCUAUGAUACGCCGACUUUCCCGCAAGGAAUGUGCUGCAGCUGCAGAGGUGGUGGUCACACGUUUCCCUUCGUCCCCAUGACUCCCAUGAUGCGACCAGAUGAAGCUUCGUGUUUCUGUCCCAUGAAUCCCCCUAUUUACCACGGCCAGAUGGAUCCGAGUCACCUGGCGACGAAUCAAAUGCGGUGCCUGGCGGCUACACCAAAUUCUGCGCAAUACCCACAUGCGGCCAUGGGCCCUUCAGCCAUGGGCUCAGGCAUGUGGCUACCAUCACUGUGUGAUAACCCCCGACAAGGAUCUCAAUUGAAAAUGACUCUCCAGGAGUUCUUCAAGAGAGGCGGACGAAUUUUCUGACCUGACAUCUGUCAUACUGAUUUGCCUCGUUUUAUCAAAUGAUUGCGAGGCUCAACGGUGAGAUACCACCCGACAGUGCUCACCUUUUUAAUAAAGAAA